AUUCUGUAAAUAGCACCGUUGCCGUGGCGACACAGGAAAUCUCUCCCAUGUAAUGCUUGUAUCAAGUCAGUCGUUAUGAAACAGGAGUAAUUAAAACAUUUUGAUACAGUAACUGUGAUCGAGAAGAUGUGUUUAUUGCUCGGUGCAACUGGAGUUGGAAAAACGCUUUUACUGAAACGACUACAGAAGUUGUGUCAAAUGGAGGCGGAUUUGGGAGAAGCCCCGGUCACUCUUCCCACGGUUGGCACGAACCUCACAGACCUCAUAUUUCGAAAGAAGAAGAUAACAAUACGAGAGUUGGGAGGCUGUAUGGGGCCCAUUUGGCCAAAAUACUACUUAGAUUGCACAUCUGUUAUAUUUGUGGUGGACUCUGCCAACAUUGCCCAGAUUUCCUCGUCCUGCGUACAGCUGCUGUCGGUCCUGUCUGCGGAGCCGCUUCACUCCGCUGCUGUUCUCGUACUCUUCAACAAGAGGGAUCUUCCAUGCACCAUGUCUCUUGUGGAGCUGAAGUCGUUGUUCAGGAUGGAUGACGUCAUCAGAACCGCGCCUCAGUCAAUCACAACACUAGAGAUCAGUGGCCGCUCCGGACAGGGUCUUCAGGAUGUGCUCGCCUGGCUCUUCUCAAACCGCUCUGACACAUGAUAGAUGUGGAAGCAGAGAACUGCGGGCUGAUGUUAUAUCACAGGUCACGGUUAACAUCUGAUACAUGUGAUGUGAAGAUGUGAUUUCCUGUCAUCUCAGCACUGCUGUGUUUGCUCAACUCAGUCCCAUGCCACAUUCAUUUGAGAAACAGCUGUGGAGAAAUGUAGAACAGGUGGUCUUUAGACGACCAUCAACCCGUGUGACUUCCUGUGCUCUGUGGAAUAGAUAGUUUGAAGAAUCUCUGAGCGGCUCUUUUCCACACAAUGAAAGCAUAUCGUCAUCAUGAGCUGUCAAAACACAACCAUUAAACGCCUGGAUUUUGUCCUCCACUGUAAGCUCUCAAAUCCCACGAGUUCCACAGAAGAAAGAAAAUGUAUUGGCUGGAGUCUUGAAAUAUUGUUUCAAAUGCAUCCCAGGUUGUAUUUAAGUGAAUGUAAUGAGUUACUGUACUUAAGUUAUCUUUUGGCUACUUUGACUAUCAAAGAUAUUGACAACUUUUACUCUGUACUUGACUACAUUUUUGAAUAAGUAUGUGUACUCUUUAUCCCAGUACAUUUGUGAUGAGUAAUUGUUUGUUACCUUUCGAAUGGCACAUAACUUUUUUUCUGCAGCAGUUUAUUUCUCCUACAAAAGAAGCAAUAUCGUCAUCUACAGGACAUUGAAGGUACUGUCGUGUUUGUGUUGCCCUUACUCACUCGAACUUGUCAACAAGACUACUUUAUGCAAAUGCAGGCGAGUUAGCAGGCAGUUUCUGAAUCACAGGGGUUUCCUAUAUGAGAAAAAGACAUGGCUGUAGUCGAAACCAGCACAUCUACUGCAAGUAGGCUUUGACUAUUUAAUUUCAAUAAACGUUAUUUUAUCUAACCGUUAUAUUGAACUUUCAGAAUUUUUUUAAGGAUAUUGGCUUACUUAUGCUUUUUUUGGACACAAGCUCAACCCAGACUUGAUUGUUUAUAGAAGUUUAAGAGGCUGUUGUGUCAACCUUGUUUUCUGCAAUAUUGAGGUGUUCAGUUUUAUUUCAACUUGAGAAAAUAAACGUGAUUGCGCUCCUCACAAA